UUUGUGUAGUAAAUAAGCCAAUCAGAAGAGAGGAUGCUCUGACCCUCCCUCUCAUCUUGUUUUCUUUUCUUCUUCUUGUAAUAAUUCUGCACCCUGAAGAUGCACACCAAAGGAAGCUCCUGCUGCUGCUCCUUCGAAGACUACAAGCUGACCACCGAAUGGCUACUGAACCAGACCCGGCAUCGACCCAAGGUGGCAGUUAUCUGCGGGUCAGGACUCGGCUUAUUGGCCGAAGGAGCCGCCGACAAGCAGACCUUCAGGUACCAGGACAUCCCGAACUUCCCAGUCAGUACAGUUCCAGGUCAUGAAGGCUGUCUGGUUUUUGGGACCAUCGAGGAGACACCCUGUGUCUUCAUGAAGGGCCACUUUCACCUGUGUGAGGGUUACUCUCUGUGUCAGGUCACUUUCCCUGUUAGAAUCUUCAAGCUGAUGGGUGUGGAGUUCAUGCUGGUGACAAAUGCCUCCGGAGGGAUCUGCCCGGACUUUAAGGUUGGAGACAUCAUGAUCAUUAAAGACCACAUCAACCUCCCUGGGUUUGCUGGACAGCACCCUCUGUGUGGACCCAAUGAUGAGCGGUUUGGUACCAGGUUCCCUUGCAUGUCAGAUGCCUACAGCAAAGACCUGAGGACGCUGGCUCUGGAUGUCGGCUCUGAGCUUGGCUGCAGCGACUUUAUUAGAACAGGGGUCUACUGUAUGGUGAGCGGACCCAACUUUGAGACCAUCGCUGAGGCCAGAGUGCUGCUGACACUGGGCUGUGACUCUGUGGGUAUGAGCAUGGUUCCUGAGGUGACUGUGGCCAAACACUGUGGACUUAAAGUUCUGGGUCUGACCCUCGUCACCAACAAGGUGUCUCUGGAUUACAGCCGCGAAGAGAAGGUGAACCACGAUGAGGUUCUAGAGAUCUGCAAGAUGAGGGCGGAGCUUCUUCAGAAACUCGUCACUACAUUGAUUGGACGCUGCCAGCAGAACAUCAACAGGCAAUGACUCACAACUGAGACCCGGACAUGCAUCUAAGACAUGGACAUCUGAGACAUGGACUGGACUUUGAGACCCACCAAAGACAUGGAUCUAAGAACCAGGAAGGAAACCUGAGAAAUGAAAUCUUAAUGUCCACAAAUCAUGACAGAAAGAAUAUUUUAGAUUAAAAAGGAAUUGUAGGGGACUAGACAAGGACCAGCAAAGGCCCAAGGAAAGUGAAAGGCUACUACUGUAUAUAUAGUGACUGAUAGAUUUGGGGUUAGGGCGGACAUUUGGACAAAGCCACAGACAUCUAAGACUUGGACAUCUUACACUGACUCAAACCUAUGACUCGGAUAUCAGAGACUGACUCAAACCCCAGAUAAGGGCUCAAACCUGAGACCUGGACUCACAACUGAAACAUUAACAUCUAGGACUCUGACUCACUUGGACCAUAUGGGACUCAUGACUUAAACCAAAGACUCUGACUUAAUCUUGAAAAAUGAACAACUGAGACUCGGACUCUGGAGGCACUCUGUGGGGUGCUGUUGUUUUACACGUUUCUCUCGAGUUUCUGUUCCUAAUAAAAACGAGCAACCUUC